AUGGAGGAUUCACAAGGAGAGGAGCAACAAAAAGCGCUCUCCUGGAGCGGGCUGGCCUCUGUGGCUAAAGCCGAAGACGAUCUUGACGAGGGAAAAAGGCGCACAAUUGCGCCUGAGCGCGUAGCACACGGAUGGAAACGCAGGAUCGAGGAUUCUUCUGCGAAUCAACGGAGAGGAGCAACAAAAAGCGCUCUCCCUGAGAGCGGCUGGCCUCUGCGGCUACAGCCGAAGACGAUCUCGAUGAGGGAAAACGCCGAAGGUGAGUAUGAAAAAAACAAUGGAUAAGAACAGGUGAGUAUUAAAAUCAUAAAACACAGGGUCGAGGAUUCAUCUGCGAAUCAAGGGAGAGGAGCAACAAAAAGCGCUCUUCCGGAGCCGGCUGCCCUCUGCGGCUAAAGCCGAAGACAAUCUCGACGAGGGAAAGAGGUGCAAUCAUACGCCUGAGCGCGUAGCGCACGGAUGGAAACGCAGGAUCGAGGAUUCUUCUGCGAAUCAACGGAGAGGAGCAACAAAAAGAGCUCUCCCGAGAGCAGCUGGCCUCUGCGGCUACAGCCGAAGACGAUCUUGACGAGGGAAAAAGGCGCACGACUGCGCCUGAGUGCGUAGUGCACAGAAGGAAACGCAGGAUUGAGGAUUCUUCUGCGAGUCAGCGGAGAGGAGCAACAAAAAGCGCUCUCCCCGAGAGCGGCUGGCCUCUGUGGCUACAGCCGAAGACGAUCCCAACGAGGGACAAAGAAGCAGACUGCAGCUGA